AUGCUUGAGAACCACGAACAUUAAGAAUCUUUUUAAUGAUGUAGUUCUCGGGCGCACCGUUUCUUUUUUAAUCGAAUUUUUUCGUUUCUUUCGUGUAAGUCCAAAGAAAGAGGCCAGUUGUGAAAGACUUGGCAAGCGUGCUAAUCCUUCUUCCCAUCUCACCAGAGCUGGGAGAAGGAGUCCGGUAUUUACCCAACUUUUUUCAGGUUUACAGUUGCAAAUCCACCUCCUUAAAGCGACGCGUCAAAGGGAAAAAGGGGCAGGAGGGAACCUCGAGUUUUCUAGUGCCAAUCCAAAUCAAGCCCGCGGCUGUAAAUGAGCCACGUGGAGUCUUUGCUCUGGAGGUGACUUCCUGCUUAGAUUAACAAACUGGCCUGAAAGAUCAGCAAGGAAAGCAGAAGGAACAAGAAUAAUAUUCAAAGAGAACCGGGGGGGGACGGGGGGGCACAGGCACACUGUAUUAGGAAAGGGGAGAGAGGGGAAAAAAGUUUGUGAUUUUACAGAGUGGGAGCUGGCGCGCUGCAAGAGGCUGGGAAGGAGAGGCGGUAACAAUUGGAGAAAAAGGAGGAAGGCCGAGAGAGGAGGAAAAGAGGAGGAGAGGAGGAGGAAAAGCGAAGCUGCAGGGGAGGCGAGCAAGAGCAAAGCGGGGCUCGGCGCCAAGCGCCUGUCUGUGAGGGGAAAGAGAGGCGGCGGCAGCAGCAGCAAAAGGAGGAGGGAAAGGGAAACACGCAAAGCUCUGCGCGCAAGUGAAGAGCAGCAGUCGUCGGGAGGGGGGCGACAGUGGUAUCCCAGUGGCGGCGGCGGCUGGGGAAGCCGGUAUCGCCGCCACUGAAGAUGCGGCUGAAGCUGGGCUUCCUCUUGCGCGCCGUCCUCCUGGUCGGUUCCUUCCUGGGGCUGCUCCUGCUCUGGUCUUCGCUUUCCCCCCGGGCCGAAGAGCCCAGCCCGGGAGAAAGGAUUCGGGACUACAAAGAAGCCAUCAAUCUAAUGCCAAACAAUAAAGAUAAUGGUCUAAUCCCUGGAAAUGACAAAUUUAAGCCAGUGUUACCCUGGCCUCAUGUUGAAGGUGUGGAAGUAGACUUGGAAUCAAUUCGACGAAGGAAUAAGGCCAAAAAUGAGAGAUUUCCUCAUGCUGGUGAAAAGAAUGAUCAGCAAAAUAUUAUGCAGAGACAGUAUCUUACGUUUAAGCCACAGACAAAUAUCUACCAUGACCCUGUAUUGCGACCUGGAAUUCUUGGUAAUUUUGAACUCAAAGAACCUGAAUCCCAUGGAGUUGUAGGUGGUCCUGGUGAGGAAGCCAAGCCAUAUGUUUUAGGAUCAGAAUAUAAAGAAUCUAUUCAAGCCAGCAUUAAAGAAUUUGGAUUCAACAUGGUAGCAAGUGAUAUGAUCUCAUUAGAUCGGAGCAUUAAUGAUUUACGCCAAGAAGAGUGCAAAUACUGGCACUACGAUGAAAACCUUCUCACCUCCAGCGUUAAUGUCUUCCAUAAUGAAGGGUGGUCUACACUCAUGCGGACAGUUCAUAGUGUAAUUAAAAGAACUCCAAGAAAAUAUCUGGCUGAAAUUGUUUUAAUUGAUGAUUUUAGCAAUAAAGGUAAAUGCAUUUAACAUAAG